GCCAGCGACCCGGAUAUGGCGUACCAUGCAGAUUUUUCAUUUCAGCUGUCAUGCUGGGGAAGGCACAAGGUUUACUGGUGCUUUUGAUACAACCUUAUAGCCAUUAUUCUGUUCACUAUGGAGUCUGGACCAGUAUGGAGGGAAUUAAGGGAUGGUCAUCGCCUCCUUUGUCUUGAGAACUGUGAUGCUUCUGCAUUUCGUCCAUCCCGUCCACUUUCCAGCUGGCCGUUGUGCCACUGUUGUUUGGACACCUGCCGUUAUCUGUCAUCUGUUCUUUUUGCAUGCUACAGCAUGGACGGCAUCAGCCAUCAAGAAGCACUGGCAUAGCACAUUGAAGGAGAAGUAUCGUCGAGCUGGGUGGUGCUCGCGUCUGCUUUCACCACCACUGGAGUUGGUUCGUCAGACACCUGCAGAAAAGCGUGCAAGCAAUCCAGAAUCAUCAAUCACUGCAAAAGAAGAUUCUGAAGCAAGGGCACCUCAGGAGUCUGAAGAAGAGGUACCGGCCAGGAGGCUGUCCACAGAUGUGGUGUCAAUGGCGCUCAUGUUGGUGCUUGAGCAACCGUCCACCAUUGUUGAGGGAGAGGUUGGGGGCGAGGAAGUAGAAGUAGAGGUGGAGGCAGAGGCUGCAGUGGCGUUCUCAGUGGCCCGGGCGGCGGCGCGUGGAGAGGUCUUGGUGCGGCAGGACGAAGAGCACAUAGAAGAGGAGGUGGAGGAGGACGACGACGACGAGCAAGAAAAAGAAGAGGAGGAGGAGGAUGAAGAAGAAGAGAAGGACAAGGACGAGGAGGAGGAGGAGGACAGCGAUGGAGAUGAAGAGGAGGAGGAGGACGAGGAGGAGGAGGAGGACAACGGCAGCGAUGGACGACGCCAACGAGGAGAAGGUGAAGGACUAGGAGGAGAACGAAGAUGAGGAGAUGGAGGAGAAGGGGAGGAGGAGAAGGGUGAGGAGGAGAAGGACUAAAAGGACUUGGAGGAGAUGGAGGAGGAGAAGAUGAUGAUGAUGAUGAGGAGGAGGAGGAGGAGUAGGGGAAGGAGGAGGAUGUGAAGAAGAAGAAGAGGAGGAGGAUGACGACAAAGUAAAAGAGAAGGGUUAAGAGGAGGAGGGGCGCUGCAAGUUGGAGAAAAUGCGUGAUAAAAAAAGAAAGGGCGGGAGGAACGCUGGAAGUCCGACUUCCACUGUUACUCCCACCCUCUUUUUUUUUCAAUCAAUCAAUUGUUCAAAUCGAA